AUGGGAGGGCGCGGGGGCCUGCACAGCUGCCCCACGCGGGCGGCCGCAGUUCACACCCAUUCUCCGAGCAGCUUCCUGGUGCCCUACGUCAUCAUGCUGUUCGUGGAGGGGAUGCCGCUCCUGUACCUGGAACUGGCGGUCGGGCAGCGCAUGCGACAGGGCAGCAUCGGCGCCUGGAGGACCAUCAGCCCCUACCUCAGCGGUGUCGGCGUGGCGAGGGGCGUGGUGUCCUUCUUUCUGGCCGCGCGCCCCGCCCUCAGCCCCUCGCCCGUGUCGCGCCCGCAGGACCCGCUGCCCUGGGCCGUGUGCCCCCUGAACGCCAACCGCACGGGCUUCGAGGAGGAGUGCGAGAAGGCGUCGUCCACGCAGUACUUCUGGUACCGGAAGACGCUCAACAUCUCGCCGGGCAUCGAGGCGGGCGGCGGCGUGCAGUGGGAGCCGGCGCUGUGCCUGCUGCUGGCCUGGCUGCUGGUCUACCUGUGCAUCCUGCGCGGCACCGAGUCCACCGGCAAGGUGGUGUAUUUCACGGCGUCGCUGCCCUACUGCGUGCUCCUCAUCUACCUGGUUAGGGGCCUCACACUGCACGGAGCCACCAACGGCCUGGUCUACAUGUUCACCCCCAAGAUGGAGCAGCUGGCCAACCCCAAGGCCUGGAUCAACGCGGCCACCCAGAUCUUCUUCUCGCUCGGCCUGGGCUUCGGCAGCCUGAUCGCCUUCGCCAGCUACAACGAGCCCUCCAGCGACUGCCGGCGGCACGCCAUUGUAGUGUCCCUUGUCAACAGCUCCACCUCCAUAUUCGCCAGCGUUGUCACCUUCUCCAUCUAUGGCUUCAAGGCCACCUUCAACUACGAGAGCUGCCUGAACAAGGUGAUUCUGCUGCUGACCAAUUCUUUCGACCUGGAAGAUGGCUUUCUGACCACCAGCAACCUGGAGCAGGUGAAGGGCUACCUCGCGGCCACCUACCCGAGCAAGUACAGCCAGCUGUUCCCACAGAUCAGGAACUGCAGCCUGGAGGCGGAGCUGGACACGGCGGUCCAGGGCACCGGCCUGGCCUUCAUCGUCUACACGGAGGCCAUCAAGAACAUGGAGGUGUCGCAGCUGUGGUCGGUGCUGUACUUCUUCAUGUUGCUGCUGCUGGGCGUCGGGAGCAUGCUGGGGAACACGGCGGCCAUCCUCACGCCCCUGACCGACAGCAAGGCCAUCUCCAGCCGCCUGCCCAAGGAGGCGGUCUCAGGUCUGCUGUGCCUGGUCAGCUGCGCCGUGGGCAUGCUGUUCACCGUGGAGGCCGGCAACUACUGGUUCGACAUCUUCAACGACUACGCCGCCACGCUGUCACUGCUGCUCAUCGUGCUGGUGGAGACGGUGGCUGUGUGCUACGUGUACGGGCUGCGCAGGUUCGAGAGUGACCUGAAGGCCAUGACCGGCUGCACGCUCAGCUGGUACUGGAAGGCCAUGUGGGCCGGCGUGAGCCCGCUGCUCAUCGUCAGCCUGCUGCUCUUCUACCUGAGCGACUACAUCCUCACGGGCACCCUGCAGUACCAGGCCUGGGACGCCGCCCAGGGCCAGCUAGUGACCAAGGACUACCCCACGUACGCACUGGCCGUCAUCGGGCUGCUGGUGGCCACCUCCACCAUGUGCAUCCCCCUGGUGGCCCUGGGGACUUUCGUCAUGCGCCGCCUCAAGAGAGAAGACCUGGCCCCCGCGGUCUGAGCAUGGGGCCUGGGGCUGCGGCCAGCCACUCCUGGUGUAGGUGUAAGCGCCAUGGCUGCUUCCGGAACAUUUACCGCGGACAGGCGCGGCUGCCCGGGAGAGGCAGGCCCCUGCCAGAGCCUCCCGUUCCCCGAGGCCACCUGUGCCCCCUGGGCCAGCAGAGGAGGCAGACGGCAGAGCCCGGCAGGGGCCUUGUGUCCUCGGUUCUGGGUGGUCCCGGUCAGGGCAUGGUGAGCUGCAGUGGGGACCAGGGCGAAGCAGCCUGGCUUUCGGCGGACGGCGCCAGGGCAUCCCGGGCAAGGGCUCCGAGAUCCGCCUGGGGCACCUGAGGUGGCAUAUUUUAAUGUCACGGAGCAGGAUUUUCUUUAGUCACAGCAAACGUGCAAUCCGUACCCCUCCUGCCCUCUCACGGUCACAGGACUGACUCCCUGGAGACCGCCACUUGGGCCACGGGGACCCUCCUUCCCCACCCCCCCCUCGGUCGGCAGCCCCAGCCAGGAGAUGCCCGGAGCUCUGGAGGUGCCGGGAGCCGCAGGCGCAAGCGGGCACGUCCCGGUGGGAGCUAUUUAUAUGUACAUAGGUUUUCUCCAACGGGUGUGGUUCCAGCAGCAUCGGGAACCCGAGGACAGGCCACACUGGGACCGGCCUGCCCUGGUUCAGCCGCAGCAAUGCAGGCCCAGGGCGCCCCAGGAGUAGGGUCCCGCUCUGACACGCUGUGCGU